AUGUCCAGCGAAACACCCACCCCGUCUGGUCUCGCCGGCAAGGUCGACAAGAAGCGCAAGAGGCAAGUCGAAGAACCUCCUAAGCAGAACAAGACCGGCGCUUCCAAGCCCACAAGCAAUGCUUCUGAAGGCCCCAAGGACAAGAAGCGAAAGCAUGGCAAGAAUAAGAAAGAGGGAAAUGACAAGGACCAGGAGGAUAAGCCCAAGGCUAUCAGAGGAGAGCCUUUGGCCAAAGAACGCAAGGGCGGUACGGACGAAGCCAUUGGAAAGAUGGAUGGUCGAUUGCUCGCAGACCACUUUGUGCAAAAGGCCAAGCGGCAUAACAAGGACCUCACUGCGGUCGAGUUGAGCGAUUUGAGUGUUCCAGACUCUGCCUUUCUUGAUACAUCAUCAUUCGACUCCCCGAGGACUUUGGACGAGCUCCCGGACUUCUUAAAGGCAUUUAGCCCAAAGGAUGCCAAUCUUUCUGACUCUUCCGAGCAAAAGGGAACGCCACAUACUCUGGUAAUUUCGCCUGCCGGUCUUCGUGCUGCUGAUGUCGUCAGAGCGCUUCGAACAUUCUCAACGAAAGAAUCUCCUAUCGGCAAGCUGUUCGCUAAACACAUAAAGCUCGAGGAAGCCAAGCAAUUCCUGGAACGCGCUCGAGUUGGGAUUGGAGCUGGAACCCCCUCUCGUAUCUCCGAUCUUAUCGAUUCAGGUUCUCUAAAACUGAAUGAGCUGAAAAGAAUCGUCAUUGACGGCUCUUAUGUUGACCAGAAACAAAGGGGUAUUUUCGACAUGAAGGAAACUCAUCUUCCACUCUUGCAGUUACUCGCCCGGUCCGAGUUUCGAGACCGGUACGGCGCAAAGGACAAGAAGGUCGAGAUCCUAGUCUUUUGA